CGCUAGGCCACCAUCAUCUCCUUCGCGCUAUCACUAUCACUGGCUACUACACGCUCCUGAAACAGACCGUUUCGCCGUUUCAAACGAAAUUAAGCGAAGAUACGCGUCCGCAAAAACAUGAAAAGUUAGGCUCACCUUCGAGACGAUGAUCACGCUGUCCGCGUUCGCUGCUUUCAUUGCCGGCUCCUGGACCCAUCCGCUCGUAAGGUAAUUAUGGGCGUCUAAUGAUUUGUACGCUUUUAGCUGCUUGCGCGUCACGAAACUUGUCUUGAGGAUCAGGUAGUUGUGUAUGUCGCCCAUUUCUACCUGCGGCCAUAGGUUGCUGUUCCGGACUAGGUCCAUCGGCGGCAGCGCGAACGGAUCCGCGCCGCACAUUUUAACCUUUUCCUCGUAACGUGUGCGUUCCCGUCCGCUUAAACUUAGGCCGUAUAAACCCAGCGGUGGACAACCACUUGAAGAAGACAUCUUCACGUUAGCGGGCGAGCAAACACCAUAAAUACGUCGCACUGCAACGGUGCGUGCGUAACGCGUCCGUCACCUGUCGCUGGGCGCUACGGGAGUGCGCGCGCGGCUGUCUGCUCUCGAGGACGGCAAGAUGGCGCUGGUCCCAGCAUGCACCGCUUCACGAAUACAACCUAUAUUUAAACGAAACGAGAGCAGCCGGAUGACCCCUGGCCCAGUGGAAAUUGCGUAAAUUAGACGGGACCAAACAACAAGCUUGCGUGACUCCAUUUCUGGUACCACUCAUCUGUGCGUAAACAAGUUCCGUGAUGGACUCUCCUCGUGCGCAACAGACAAGCCAAACAGUUCGCACGGUUCCUAGCUCGUUGUUCCUUCACUUGCCGCUUCGGCAAGCAAGAGAAUCACGCAACACGGGAAAAUGGUAUUUAUACUUCGACCAAACGUGGACUAACCGCAGAGACUACAAGUGCGAGCUGGUAGCUUCGAAAGAUUCUUCCCCAGGACGAACACUUGAGCGGCGGAGCAGGGAACAGAAGCGGGUGCUCACACUCGCAGGAUAGCAUAACACCACUUUGCAAGUGAUGGAACCGGCGAAGGAGCAAACCAGUCAACUUCCCCAGCAGUGGCAAGAGCAGCAACCUAAGCAAAAGGUGUUCUGGGAUCCCGUGCAUGGACAGAUCUCUUUACACCCGGUGUCGGUGGCCGUCGUAGACACUCCGGAGUUCCAGAGGCUCCGGGACAUCCGGCAGGUGGGGGUGGUUCAUUACCUCUACCACGGGGCCACCCACACCCGCUUCGAGCACAGCAUGGGAACGGCUUACCUGGCACAAAGGCUUGGCCUGCACCUGCGCGAGGCGCAGCCGGAGCUGCGUGUGACUGACAGGGAGUUGCUCUGUCUGGAACUGGCCGGACUGUGCCACGACCUGGGACACGGCCCCUUCUCUCACCUCUGGGAGCGCUUCUACAUCCUGGGGGCUCGUCAGAGGGGCGUGUCUCCGGUCUGGACGCAUGAGGAGACCUCCUGCCGGCUCUUGGGGCGCAUCUUUAAGAGGCUAGAGCCAACCCUGUCCGCGUGGGAGCAGCGCUGGGCCCAGGGACUCACAAGGGACGACCUUGCCCUGAUCCAGGGCCUUAUUCUGGGAGACAAGGGAGCUGCAAAUCCGGCCAGGCACUUCCUCUUCCAGGUGGUGAACAACAAGGAGUCUAACCUGGACGUGGACAAGUGGGACUACUACCUGCGUGACUGCCACGCCAUAGGCCUGUCGUGCGGCUUUCAGUUCGAGAGGCUCAUCGGCAGCGCACGGGUCAUCGCCGGCCGGGACGGUGCCACCCACAUCUGCUUCCGAGACAAGGAGCUGAACACGGUGUAUGACAUGUUUCGCACUCGGAGCCUCCUGCACAGCAACGUCUACCAGCACCGCCUGGUCAAGGUCUACGACACCAUGGUCUGUGAUGCCUUGCUGCUGGCAGAUGAAAAGGUGACCGGCCUGGAUGGCCGUCCCCUGCGCCUGUGGCAGACGACGCACGAGGUUGGCCGGGAUUGCCACGAUGACAGCCCCUCGGCCGACGCUUGGCUGGAGGCGUUUGUGGCCCUGAGCGACUCCUGGGUCCAGCUGAUGUUGCGCAGGAACGCCGGCAGCCACCCGCAGGUGGUGCAGGCGCAGACGCUCUGGGAUGCCCUGGAGGCCCGCUCCCACCGGCCGGACGCCCUCUACCGGCACUUGGGGCGUCUGCCCUUCCACCAGGGCACCCUGGACUCUCAGGAGAAAGUCCUUGACUGGCUGCUGAGCAGACUGCCAGCCCACCUGGCUCACUGUCCAAAGCGGCAGGAAUUUGUCAUAACGCUGGUGAAGAUCCACUGGGGCUGUGAGGAACAGGACCCUGUGGGCAGGGUGCUCUUCUACACCAAAGACCGGCCCGACCGUGCCCUGCGGGUCAACCAGUUGGCCCCGCCUGCCGUCUCCAUGCUGCCCGCCAGCUUCCAGGAGACCCGCUGGCACGUGCUGCUGCGCUCUGCUCCUGCGGAGGACCUCGCAGAGGCCGUCCGGCUCUGCUCACAGGAGUUCCGCACCAACGGACGGCCAACGUGAACCCCGCGAUGGUCAUUCUUUUGCGUAGAAGAUUCUAAGAACAGUCAAAGAAAGGAGCGUCUCAUUGUGGCAACGUCCGAUUCUACUCGUGGGAGCUCUUCACCUACGGGCGCCUGCUGGGAUCCUCAUGACGGUCGUUUUCUCGUGUGGAGGAAGCCGGGACCGGAUGGCACUUUGCUGCUUCGACGCAACAAACAUUUUCGGUGUACUGGCAAUGCAGCUAUUGCAUUUUGUUUCGUCUUACGACGGGCCCCGGUGGAUGCUACAAACCAUUGGAGCCCAUCCAACGUCGUGUUGACCUUCGGGAAGGACACGGCAACGUGCAAGGCACGUAGAGUCACGGGAGAGAUUUGCGGCACCGGAUUGGCUUGUAACGUCUGCCGCAGUCUGUCGUAAGAGCGAAACAAACUUUAGAGAGAAUAAGAAAAGGAUGUUCUCAAAUGCCCAACCAGCAGUAAGGGCUGGCCGCCCUCGACUGCGCACGGUUCGAGCUCGCACGACACAGUCGAGUCUUCGUCGAAGGCACGCUGCUUGUAUAUCGGUAGUCCCCGGAAGCGAAAGAUCCCAAGUUGGCGACAAAAAGAGUGUGGUGUGGGAACUGCAGAUACUUCGCAUAUCUACAGGGCGUCUCAAAUAGCGGCCAGGCUCUUUAAAUUGACCGCAAAAAUUGGCUUCUUAACCUGUCGCGCUACGAUUUUGUGCAGCAUUGCCCACAGGUGGUGCAUCUUUUCUAUAAAAUUUGCAAUAAGCGAACUUACCUGAGGAAGAAGUAAAAAAAGAAAAAGGCUUAACCUCUAUGGAGAUGCAGCGAAGCCACCGGUCUCCAAACUAUAGGGUGUUGUUUGGCUUGGGAGAGAAGAAAUGGUGCAAGCGGUCACAACGCCAAUUGUUGCCAACAGACAAGCAUACGGCACUGAGAGCAGGCGUCAAAUAUCAGACAAACUUUUUGACUCAAAAGCGGCAUGAGCUUUUUCGAUGUCAGUUGCCAAUGCACGAUUUUAUCAUUCUUACGAGAAAAACGCACUGAAUGGACAGACAAUAGAUUAAAAAAUGGUUUGUCGGGUUAUUUUGACAGUUUUUUUCGGGGUACUUGUGUCGUCUGCUUUGCAGUUCCUUGUAGUUACCGCACCCGUUUUGGGUUAUGCGUCUGUCGCCGCCUGCGGAACCCACGCUGCUUUUGAGGCGAAAAGUAUGUCUGCUAUUUGAUGCCGGUUUUCGGAGCCUUAUGGUCGUUCGUUGGCGGCAGCUGGGGUCGCGACCGCUUGCGUCAUCUCGUCUCCCGUGCCAAACGGCGCCCUAAUGUUUGAAGACCGGUGGCUUCGCUGCGUUUCCAUACAAGUUAAGCCUUUUUCUUUUUUUACUUUUUCCUCAGCCAAGUUCGCCUUUUGCAAAUUUUAUAAAAAAAAAUGCACCAUCUGGGGGCAAUGCUGCACAAAAUAGUACCGCGAUACGUUAAGAAACCGGUUUUCGCAUUCGAUUUAAAGAGCCUGGCUGCUAUUUGAGACACCCUGCAUGGACAGGGAAGGGUGCCCUUGACAUCUGGCACGAGCUCCGUGUUAUGUGAUCUCGAGAAGUUGCAACAUGCAAGAGCACGCAUGGUCCGAUGAAAGCGCGAUCGCCACCAGUUCAAACUUGUCAGUGAGUGACAACGAACAAUUUUAGAAAGCGCUGGUUUAUUACAACGAUAUCACUGAUGCAUGCUGGCCAGAAGUUCUGACUAGGUGUGUUUUUUUUUUUUUUUUUUUCUUUUGCCAGCUGGAUGCUGCAGUGACCGUCGGAGACUAUUUCUUGUAUAAGUUGGCACAGUGAAGUUGAGGUGGCACCACACCCCUAAAUUUCCUCGGCUGAAAGCAUGGCUGGUAUCACAGGUGCUACCUGGAAGAGACAAAGUAGUUAAUGAGAACUUUACGAUAGCAACAAAUAUUCUGGGGCUAAGCUAUAGAAAUAAAAGCCAGGUAUGCUUUCUGGCCAGAAACAAUCUUGCUGUGCCUCCAUUUUAAGUUAGCCUGUAUUCAACGCUAUACUAUUAUCCCUCAGUACGAGUUUGCAGUGCUUGGUAAUGGCCCCAGUGCUUGCCCUGGAAGCAGUCUCCUAUAUUCGACUUGCACCGUUAUUACAAGGUGUGAGACUUGCUUAUUAUUAACCCUAAAUAUGUAAUCCCUAAAAAGAAGUGCUCAGAAAUUGAGUUGGUUGUGGCAAAAAGAGGCUGUGAACUAAAAUAAACUGCAUGGGUGUUGUCUAGUCUAAUAACAAAGCAAUGCAAACAUUGUAAAAAAAAACAACUAAUAGUGCUGUUAUAAAUAAAGUACUUUGUGAAAAAUUA